GCCGCGUGCCGCUCAAAGCAGGCCAAAGCCAGCGGCGGCGCGCCAUGCGCGGGCCAGCCAGCCGGCUGCCCUGGAGCAGCCCGCCAGUACGCUGCGCUUCGACAGCGGUGCCAGGCCCUCACGGCUCCCUAUGAGUGCGCAGCUGCGGCGCCGGACGGCACCUGUGCGUGGCACGCCGGCGACACAGGUGCCGGCGACGCAGGCGGAUUCGUCAGCGGCUCUUGCCAGGCGACCGAACAGGCGUGGUUUGAUCUCAUCGCAGGGCCCGGCAGUGCUGCAGCGGCAGCGCACGCGCUGUGCUCAGCCAAGAACACCUCGGGCGAGUGCUCGGCCGCUGGCACCGUCACCCUCAGCGCGCCGGCGGCUGAGCGCUACCUGUCAGCCCCAAGCGCCGGCGCACGCGCCGCAACGACAGCGGCGCUGGUGCCCGUGCCCGCACCUGCGCGGCGCAAAGGCCCCGCAUCCAAGACAUCGACCGGCGCGCAACCGCAGCAGCAGCAGCUCGCAGCCAGCAGGCGUGCCAGCCCAGAACUCGAGCCGUCGCGGCUGCCGGCGCCAGUGACCACGUUCCUUGUCAUGGGGCGGUUUGAUGACGUGUCAUCCAUUAGUAACCUGCUGGAGGAUGGAGCGUCGACCAAAGCCGGUGCCACAGGCGCUGCAGACGCGUCUGAUGCGCUCAGCUUGAUUGAACUCUCCUCGAAAAGUGGGCAGUCGCAGAGCGAUCCCACUGCACGCGCAGGCAGCGGCCGUACCGGCGCCGGCAGCAGCGCCGGAAGGCCGCGGGCGGCGGUUCUGGCAGCGGCUGUGGCAGCUGUGGCGGCGGUGCUGCUCGCUUGA